CGCCCGUUAGCUUGACGCGACCGGGAGGGACAACAGCGAGCGGAGCUACAGUCAACCAGGCUCUUGAAGCGCAAACAAAUGGACGCCGUCGGUUAACUUUGGCUCUUUUGUUCCCACGCACACGCACACGGGGAUACUUUCGUCGGGUGAACCGUUCAUCUUGUCGUCUCUCCGCCCGGAAAGACCCAGUGGGCUCCGCUGACCCCCGUCGGGCCUCGUCGUCGUGGCCCCGCAGGACUCGAGUGAAAGUUGGGACCGGAGUGCCAAACUUCUGCUUCCUCUCCGCGGGGCCCGGGGCUCCUGUCACCGGCCCUGUGGACUGGUGCAACCCGCCACCAGGAGAAAGGAAUCCCUUUGAUGGGAGAAUCCUCUUUCCUGGCCUCCUGGGUCAAUCGGCGUGCCAUGAUGAUGGAUGAGCAGGAGGCGCUGAACUCGAUCAUGCAGGACUUGGCCGAACUGCACCGCUCCAGCCGUCCUGCCAUGUUCCUGUCGGACCUCGGCAAACCCAAAGCCUCCUCGCCCAAGAACCAGAACGACGUCAGAGUGAAGUUCGAGUUCAAAGGGGAGAAGAGGAUCCUACAGUUCCCUCGACCCGUCAAGCUGGACGACCUGAAGGCGAAAGCCAAAGUGGCGUUCGGUCAGACGAUGGACCUUCACUACACCAACAACGAGCUGGUGAUUCCACUGACCACUCAGGACGACCUGGACAAGGCCGUGGAGCUGCUGGAUCGCAGUGUUCACAUGAAGAGCCUGAAGAUCCUCCUGGUGCUGCAGGUCUCCUCUCAGAACUCCUCCUCCAACAUGGACCUCCUGUCGUCCCACGAGCAGCUGGACAACACGGGGUUCAGGGUCGCUGACAAGAGCAUGCUGGCUCUGAUAGGCUCCCAUUCGACGGACCGCAGCUCCCCUCCUCCCGGUUACAUUCCCGACGCGCUGCAGCAGGUGGCGAGGAACGGCUCCUUCACCAGCAUCAACAGCGAGGGGGAGUUCAUCCCCGAGAGCAUGGACCAGAUGCUGGACCCGCUGUCUAUGAGCAGUCCAGAGAACUCUGCGUCUGGGAGUUGUCCCUCUCUAGACAGCCCGCUGGACAGCGACUACCCAAAGUCCAGGAUGCCGCGAGCACAGAGUUACCCAGACAACCACCAGGACUUUCCAGAGUAUGACGUCCCGGUGUUUGAGAAGUCGGGGAAAGGUGGAACGUACCCUCGGCGAUACGGCAUUCCCUUCGGUCUUCAAGAUUACAGUGACGGGAGGAAGACCUUCCCUCGCGCUCGGCGAACACAGGUCCACGGCUUCCGCUCGCCGGUCAGCUUCAGCCCGACGGAGCAGUCGCCCUGCACCAGCAGCGGCAGCAGCAGCGUCUUCACCCCCGACCUGGAGGAGGCCCCGGGGCCCGGCAGGAGGCCGCGGAGGGGCAGCGACAUCGAACCCAACCCCACCGCCCCCACCCUGUCCGUCAUGGACAUCAGCCCCCCCAGCCGCUCUCCGCGAGCGCCAACCAACUGGCGGCUGGGAAAGCUUCUGGGUCAAGGCGCCUUCGGACGGGUUUUCCUCUGCUACGACGCCGACACCGGACGGGAACUAGCGGUCAAGCAGGUCCAGUUUGACCCCGAGAGCCCGGAGACCAGCAAGGAGGUGAGCGCUCUAGAGUGUGAGAUCCAGCUGCUGAAGAACUUAUGCCACGAGCGGAUCGUCCAGUACUACGGCUGCCUGAGGGACACCAUGGAGCGAACGCUCUCCAUCUUCAUGGAGUACAUGCCCGGCGGCUCCAUCAAGGACCAGCUGAAGUCAUACGGAGCGCUGACGGAAAACGUGACCCGCCGAUACACCCGGCAGAUCCUGGAGGGGGUCUCGUACCUGCACAGCAACAUGAUCGUUCACAGAGACGUCAAAGGGGCCAACAUCCUGCGGGACUCGGUGGGCAACGUGAAGCUGGGGGACUUCGGGGCCAGCCGGCGGCUGCAGACCAUCUGUCUGUCGGGGACGGGCAUCAUGUCGGUGACCGGCACCCCCUACUGGAUGAGUCCUGAAGUGAUCAGUGGCGAGGGCUACGGCAGGAAGGCGGACAUCUGGAGCGUCGGCUGCACCGUUGUGGAGAUGCUGACGCAGCGACCCCCGUGGGCGGAGUUCGAGGCCAUGGCGGCCAUCUUUAAGAUCGCCACCCAGCCCACCAACCCCGUGCUGCCCGCCCACGUGUCGGACCACUGCCGAGACUUCCUCAAGCGGAUCUUUGUAGAGACUAAGCAGCGGCCGUCUGCCGACGAGCUCCUGAGGCACAUCUUUGUCCAUUAACCCCCCCCGCCCGAUACGGCCUUACCUGACGGGGCGCCCUGCCUCUGACUCCGCCCCCUCCACCUCCUGCUGAAACUAUAUGGACCAGGAGGAGCUGGCUGAAAGAAGGUGGGGCGUGCCGACCGGUGUUGGGGGUCCUCCCGUCUCUGUUUGUAUGAGACCGCCAUAGAGGACAUGAAUUUAGAUUUUAUUUCUCUCCGCAAGUUGC